AUGGACAUGGCUUCUUUGACAAACUCAAAUGCCGGCGCCAGUCGACUAGGUCAAGAGAGCGACGAGUUGGAAAUAGACCCUGGGUACGACACCGAGGACUCAGGCUUCGAGCAGGACUCAAUCUUGACCCAAUCAGUUCGGUCGAGUAUAUAUCAAUACAAGGUCGAGAACAGCCGGACAUACCAUGCAUAUAAAGAAGGCCAAUAUUUCAUGCUCAACGACUCUGCCGAGCACGAACACAUGGAAUUACGACACCAGGCAAUGUUGCUUGCUGCUGGCUCCCAGCUCUUCUAUGCGCCUGUCAAGAACCUCCACCAUAUCUUGGACCUGGCGACGAAGCGAUAUACCUAUUGGCCAUGUGCCGUCAUAUAUGGCAAAAAGCCUAUACCCGUGUUCUCGAUGGGCUCUGCGCUAUGA